UCAAACACAAAAGAUGCAAAAACCGAACCAUACAUAACCGCAAACUAAUAAACAGGUGAAAUUCGUACUCGACUUGAAAACAAGUGGCAAUCAAGGCAGUCUAUUAAAGUCGCAGUGAAAAUGGAGCCACAAGCCUCAAAGGACAUCAAAAUCAUCGUAAAAUGGAGUGGAAAGGAGUAUCCCAUUGAAGAUCUAACCGACCAUGAUACGGUAGCCGUUCUAAAGCAUGAAAUCUGCAAAAAGACACAGGUGAAGCCGGAACGGCAAAAGCUUCUUAAUCUCAAGUACAAAGGUAAAUUCGCAGCGGAUGAAGUACGUUUGGGCUUACUCGAACUAAAACCUAAUUUUAAACUAAUGAUGGUUGGUUCAUUGGAGGCUGACAUUGUCGAAGCAUCUUCCAGACCGGAUGACAUCGGAAAUGUAGUGAAUGAUCUCGACAACGAGGACGAUGAUAAGGUUCCACUGGAAAAUAAGGAAAUUUAUUUGUCAAAAAUCAACAAACGCGUACGUGAUUACAAGAUCAACGAACUGAAUCCUCCACGCGAAGGCAAGCGUUUACUGGUAUUGGAUAUUGAUUAUACCCUAUUCGAUCAUCGAUCAGCAGCUGAAAAUGGUGCUGAAUUAAUGCGACCAUAUUUACACGAAUUCCUCACUUCCGCGUAUCAAGACUACGAUAUUGCUAUUUGGUCCGCAACUUCGAUGAAAUGGAUUGUGGAGAAAAUGAAACUGCUAGGGGUCACUUCACAUGCGGAAUACAAGCUCGUUUUCAUGCUCGACUCGGAAGCGAUGAUUACUGUCCAUUGUCCGUUGCGUGGAGUAAUUGAAGUGAAACCUCUGGGUGUGAUUUGGGGCAAAUAUAGCCAGUAUUCCUCGAAAAACACCAUUAUGUUUGAUGAUCUGCGGAGAAAUUUUCUAAUGAACCCUAAGUCUGGCCUUCGGAUUAAGCCCUUCGCAGAAGCCCAUCUCAAUCGUCACAAAGACAAAGAAUUGCUAAAGCUGACGAAAUACCUCAAGGAUAUUGCGAAACAUUGUGAAGAUUUCAAUGAAUUAAACCACAAGAAGUGGGAGAGCUAUAAGCCGAAGAAACGACGUGAAGCGGCUGAUGAAUGAAUGGCGUACAUCUCUGCAAAGUCGACUUGCCUUAUUCCAUGAAUGCUUUAAAUGAACCUAAAACUUUUGUUAAUAGUAGAAUGCCAACAUCAACAAUAAAAAAGAUGCAAUGCUUAUUUUAAUAGAAAACU